GCGGCCAAACAAGUGUAGUCGAGUCGUCCGUCUUCAAGCGAUUAAGUUGGAACGAUGAGAAGUAAAAGACGUCUAUAUCUCGUUAUUCUCAGUUGACUAUUAACUGAAGACUGUAGCUAGUACGAGUAUGACAUCAUUAAGAGCUUCGUUGCCGCCAGCAGGGAGCACCCUUUGGGGAAAGGAGCGACGAUCUUCGACAGUCGAAAGUAGCCAUGGACCAGCACAAUCUCUAAUAACCCAUGUUGUUAUUCGUGAAGUAUGGAAGAAGGAGUUACCUUCCCCACAUGCUUUAUAUAAGAUAGAUGUCAUGACUAAGUCAAACCACUGGUUUGUCUUGAAAAGAUAUCGAGAAUUCAGUAGUUUGCACAAGAAAUUGRUCGCUUUGUAUGGCAUUCCUAAAGACAUGUUACCGCCAAAGAAACUCACUUCUAAGAUGUCGUUAAAGCACUUAGAAAGACGCAGAGAUGCUUUAGAACACUACCUUCAACGUCUUGUUAACAGUUCUACUUAUGUCUCGAGCUCGCAAGAGAUUUUAGAGUUUCUUGAUGUUGGUAAACAUGACGUCAUGUCAGUCAUUAAGACACUUGCUACAGAGCUUCUGGAAGAAGGAGAGAAGAUACUAUCUGAGCAUGGUUCGUACACAUUUAACGUUACGGAAAUGUACUGUAUUACUCGGCAACUGCAGCUACCAGAACCGACACAGACAUCAGAAGACUAUUCACCUGUGGACCUUGGUCAUUUGUAUAGUUUUGUCUAUCAUUUGGAAGACUUGUGUGUACGUGCAGCAUCAGGUUCAAAAAAUACUCAAGAAUUUGCCAGCCACUUAGAGUUUGAUAUAUCGUUAUUUAAGGCCCUAAAAAGCUUAAAACUAAAUGGCUGUCCUGUUAGUCUGGUAAAGGGGCUAUCGUCCCUUCAAGCGCAGCUCAAAUAUCUUACAGCUCAACAGACUCUGAAGACAAUGAAAGAACUACUGAUUGAUCGAGUUGUAGAGAAGAGAAAAGCUUCAUCAUCAGGAGGUGCAGUUGCGUCUUGGCGGAGUCACGCUACAGCAAAGCUAACCCAGAAUCGAGUCAUUAUCCAACCUUGGGUCCAGCUAACGAACCUGACUCUUAGUCACAACAGUAUAACUAUGUUUGACGAGUCUAUGAAACUAAUGCCUUCGCUACAGAGCUUAGACUUAAGCUACAAUGACUUUGUUAGUCUAGAUCUUCUACAACUGAACAGUCCAUCAUUAACUCACUUGGAUUUGUCCAAUAAUUCUAUCCAUUUUAUCUCAGGGAGUCCAAAAAGUUUAGAGAAUCUGAAGUCUUUAGUUUUGGAGAAUAAUAACCUACAGACGUUGAAAGGCGUUGAGAGUCUUCUUGGUCUCAUUGAACUGAACAUAGCAAGAAAUCAGAUUGUUAGUUUAAAGGAAAUUUGUUGUCUGUGCGGUAUGUCUCAGAUGAGGUAUUUGUCUGUCGAUGGAAAUCCUUUAACGAAAGUCAAAUCCUACAGACUUCAAAUUUUCUCUUUUUUUAAGGGAAGAAGUAUAGUCUUGGACAACAGGACAAGGACUGAUGACGAAAAGGCUAACCUUGAUGUAUUGCCUUCAAAAUCGAGGUCUCUGGCGUCACCACAAAGCUACAACAGGGAGGAGUCUGAGGAGGUGACACGGUUAAUAAGAUCACAUGCUUAUGAAGCACUAGGGGAGUCUUCUAUCCAGGAUGAUGAUGACGAUGGCAUCGAUGAAGAUGAUGAUGAUGAUUCGGGUAUUGAUGGAUACAUUCCUAGAGUUACCAGUGUUGAUACCGAGGUUGAAGGUGCAGAUGGUAGUUCACACGAACAGAAGGAAGUGGACCUUGCGUUUAACUGGUCAUAUUAUGAUUUCCUUGAUAUGAGUGGAAAUAUGGCCUUUCCAUCUCUCGGGGGAAAUAAAAACUGCAACAGGGAAGACAAAGAUGAAACCCGUAUCAAGGGUGGGAUGUUGCCCGUUUCUCUCAUGGGAAAUGACCUUGAGGAAAAACUAGGUCAGGAACACCAUCUUAAUGAAACUACCUUGCCUCUGAAUACAGAGGAGUUAGAGGAACGAAUCAAGGAAGAAAUGUGCCAAGAAAAGACUGGAAGUACAAGCAGCACUGAAGUGGCUUCUGAAGUGUCAGUCAAUGACGAUAGUAGCCAUUCAGAUAGCGUCAAUAUUUAUACUGAUGCUUUACAGACUGCUGAUGUAAUUGAUCAGGAAGAUGAAGAAUUACCAAGAACUGUAACAUGUUUACCUGGUACGUCUGAUGCAAGUAAUAACUAUACUGAUAAUCUAAAAACUGCUGGUGUAAGUGAUCAGGAAGACAAAGAAUUAUCGGGAACUGCAACACAACUGGCUGGUACCAAUAAUAAGUGUACUGAUAAUUUACGAACAGGUGUGUGUGACCAGGAAGAAGAGGAAUUACCAGGAACUGCAACAUGUCUGCCUUGUACAUCUAGUACCAGCAAUAACUUUACUGAUAAUCUACAAACUGCUGGUGUCAGUGACCAGGAAGAAGAGAAGUUACCAGAAACUUUAACAUGUCUGCCUGGUACAUCUAGUACCAGUAAUAACUGUACUGAUAAUCUACAAACUGCUGGUGUUAGUGACCAGGAAGAGUAGAAGCUACCAGGAACUUCAACAUGUCUGUCUGGUACGUCUGAUAUUAAUGAAGUAACUAUUAUUGAUAAUACUGAGGACAACUGACUGAGAUCACAAGAAAGUAAACCCGAUUACCAUAUAAGGUUUAAUAAAAUUGACAAAAUAAUCCAAACUUGUUUUAUAGUAUUGAGAGGUAGUUUGUAAUUAUAAUUGACGUACAAAUUAAUAAAUAAUUUGAGAAUUGUAUCACGACAAUGUCAUUUCACGGCUUUCGCUACUGCUAACAUUGGGUCACUCUGCAUCUAGCUUUUAUGUAUCCAAAUAUUUAAGUUAGGAAUUAUGACAUCGAUAUCACAAUAUUCCAGGUACGAAAACCUGUUAAUUUUCGUAAUAAUAUCGAUAUAAUAAAACGAACAUUUUAAAGGUG